AUGAAACUUUCUUUUACAUAUUCCUCUCUUUCUUUAAAUCUGACAAACGGUUUUUCUUUCUUCCUUCGUGAAAAAAAAAGGAAAGAAGAAAAGUACAAAGUUUCCAGACUUUUCGGAUAUUGUCUGUUCGUUCUUUCAGUUUUUCCUAUUACACUUCUUUUUUCUCUCUUUCAUUCAUUUCAUAUUUUCUCUUUACACUUCGUUAUUUUCUUCUUUCUAAGUUCUUUCAGUUUUUCCUAUUACACUUCUUUUUUCUCUCUUUCAUUCAUUUCAUAUUUUCUCUUUACACUUCGUUCUUUUCUUCUUUCUAAGUUUUUUCAGUUUUUCAGUUUACACUUCUUUUUUCUCUCUUUCAUUCAUUUCAUAUUUUCUCUUUACACAUCGUUCUUUUCUUCUUUCUCAGUUUUUUUCAGUUUUUCCUAUUACACUUCUUUUUUCUCUCUUUCAUUCAUUUCAUAUUUUCUCUUUACACUUCGUUCUUUUCUUCUUUCUCAGUUUUUUCAGUUUUUCCUCUUACACUUCUUUUUUCUCUCUUUCAUUCAUUUCAUAUUUUCUCUUUACACUUCGUUCUUUUCUUCUUUCUCAGUUUUUUCAGUUUUUCAGUUUACACUUCUUUUUUCUCUCUUUCAUUCAUUUCAUAUUUUCUCUUUACACUUCGUUCUUUUCUUCUUUCUAAGUUCUUUCAGUUUUUCAGUUUACACUUCUUUUUUCUCUCUUUCAUUCAUUUCAUAUUUUCUCUUUACACUUCGUUCUUUUCUUCUUUCUCAGUUUUUUUCAGUUUUUCAGUUUACACUUCUUUUUUCUCUCUUUCAUUCAUUUCAUAUUUUCUCUUUACACUUCGUUCUUUUCUUCUUUCUAAGUUCUUUCAGUUUUUCAGUUUACACUUCUUUUUUCUCUCUUUCAUUCAUUUCAUAUUUUCUCUUUACACUUCGUUCUUUUCUUCUUUCUCAGAUUUUUCAGUUUUUCAGUUUACACUUCUUUUUUCUUUCUUUCAUUCAUUUCAUAUUUUCUCUUUACACAUCGUUCUUCUUUCUCAGUUUUGUCAGUUUUUCAGUUUACACUUCUUUUUUCUCUCUUUCAUUCAUUUCAUAUUUUCUCUUUACACAUCGUUCUUUUCUUCUUUCUCAGUUUUUUCAGUUUUUCAGUUUACACUUCUUUUUUCUCUCUUUCAUUCAUUUCAUAUUUUCUCUUUACACAUCGUUCUUUUCUUCUUUCUCAGUUUUUUCAGUUUUUCCUAUUACACUUCUUUUUUCUCUCUUUCAUUCAUUUCAUAUUUUCUCUUUACACUUCGUUCUUUUCUUCUUUCUAAGUUCUUUCAGUUUUUCAGUUUACACUUCUUUUUUCUCUCUUUCAUUCAUUUCAUAUUUUCUCUUUACACAUCGUUAUUUUCUUCUUUCUCAGUUUUUUCAGUUUUUCCUAUUACACUUCUUUUUUCUCCCUUUCAUUCAUUUCAUAUUUUCUCUUUACACUUCUUUACACUUCUUUUUUCUCUCUUUCAUUCAUUUCAUAUUUUCUCUUUACACAUCGUUCUUUUCUUCUUUCUCAGUUUUUUUUUCGUUUUCCUAUUACACUUCUUUUUCUCUCUUUUUUUCAUUUUUUUUCUUUUUUCAUUCAUUUUUUCUUCUUUCUAAGUUCUUUCUUUUUCAGUUUACGUUCUUUUCUCUCUUCAUUUCUAAGUUCUUUUACAGUUUUUUUCUUCUUUCUCAGUUUUUUUUUUUCUCUCUCUUUCAUUCAUUUCAUAUUUUCUCUUUACACUUCGUUCUUUUCUUCUUUCUCAGUUUUUUUCAGUUUUUUCAGUUUACACUUUUUUUUCUCUCUUUCAUUCAUUUCAUUUUUCUCUUUUUUCAUUCUUUUCUUCUUUCUAUUUUCUCUUUUUCAAUUUUUCAGUUUUUUCAGUUUUUUUUUUUUCUCUUUUCAUUCAUUUCAUAUUUUCUCUUUACACAUCGUUCUUUUCUUCUUUCUCAGUUUUUUCAGUUUUUCAGUUUACACUUCUUUUUCUCUCUUUCAUUCAUUCAUUUUCUCUUUACAUUUCUUUUCUUCUUUCUCAGUUUUUUCAGUUUUUUCAGUUUACUUUUUUUUCUUCUUUUUCAUUUCAUAUUUUCUCUUUACACAUCGUUUUUUUCUUCUUUCUCAGUUUUUCAGUUUUUCCUAUUACACUUCUUUUUUUCUCUUUCAUUCAUUUCAUAUUUUUUCUUUUUACACUUCGUUCUUUUCUUCUUUCUAAGUUCUUUCAUUUUUUCAGUUUACACUUCUUUUUUCUCUCAUUCAUUUCAUAUUUUCUCUUUACACAUCGUUAUUUUCUUCUUUCUCAGUUUUUUCCGUUUUUCCUAUAACACUUCUUUUUUCUCUCUUUCAUUCAUUUCAUAUUUUCUCUUUACACUUCGUUCUUUUCUUCUUUCUCAGAUUUUUCAGUUUUUCAGUUUACACUUCUUUUUUCUCUCUUUCAUUCAUUUCAUAUUUUCUCUUUACACUUCGUUCUUUUCUUCUUUUCUAAGUUCUUUCAGUUUUUUUUUCAGUUUACACUUCUUUUUUCUCUUUCAUUCAUUUCAUAUUUUCUCUUUAAACCUCGUUCUUUUUCUUCUUUCUCAGAUUUUUCAGUUUUCAGUUUACACUUCUUUUUUUUCUUUCUUUCAUUCAUUUCAUAUUUUCUCUUUUUUCACAUCGUUCUUUUCUUCUUUCUCAGUUUUGUCAGUUUUUUCAGUUUACACUUCUUUUUUUCUCUCUUUCAUUCAUUUCAUAUUUUCUCUUUUACACAUCGUUCUUUUCUUCUUUCUCAGUUUUUUCAGUUUUUCCUAUAACACUUCUUUUUUUCUCUUUUCAUUCAUUUCAUAUUUUCUCUUUACACUUCGUUCUUUUUCUUCUUUCUCAGAUUUUUCAGUUUUUCAGUUUACACUUUUUUUUUUUCUCUUUUCAUUCAUUUCAUAUUUUCUCUUUACACAUCGUUCUUUUCUUCUUUCUCAGUUUUUUCAGUUUUUUUUCAGUUUACACUUCUUUUUUUCUCUCUUUCAUUCAUUUCAUAUUUUCUCUUUUACACUUCGUUCUUUCUUCUUUCUCAGUUUUUUUCAGUUUUCCUAUUACACUUCUUUUUUCUCUCUUUCAUUCAUUUCAUAUUUUUCUCAUUACACUUCGUUCUUUUUUCUUCUUUCUAAGUUCUUUCAGUUUUCAGUUUACACUUCUUUUUCUCUCUUUCAUUCAUUUCAUAUUUUCUCUUUACACAUCGUUAUUUUCUUCUUUCUCAGUUUUUCAGUUUUUUCCUAUUACCUUUUUUUCUCUUUCUUUUUCUCUUUUCUCUUUCAAUUCAUUCUUUUCUUCUUUUACAGUUCUUUCUUUUUUUUUCAGUUUCUUUCUUUUUUCUUUCAUUUUUUUUUCUCUUUACAUCGUUUUUUUCUUCUUUCUUUUUUUCAUUUUCCUAUAACACUUUUUUUCUUUACAUUCAUUUCAUUUUUCUUUUACUUUCUCUUUCUUCUUUUUCCGUUUUUCCUAUUUCAACACUUCUUUUUUCUCUCUUUCAUUCAUUUCAUAUUUUCUCUUUACACUUCGUUCUUUUCUUCUUUCUCAGAUUUUUCAGUUUUUCAGUUUACACUUCUUUUUUCUCUCUUUCAUUCAUUUCAUAUUUUCUCUUUACACUUCGUUCUUUUCUUCUUUCUAAGUUCUUUCAGUUUUUCAGUUUACACUUCUUUUUUCUCUCUUUCAUUCAUUUCAUAUUUUCUCUUUAAACUUCGUUCUUUUCUUCUUUCUCAGAUUUUUCAGUUUUUCAGUUUACACUUCUUUUUUCUUUCUUUCAUUCAUUUCAUAUUUUCUCUUUACACAUCGUUCUUUUCUUCUUUCUCAGUUUUUCAGUUUACUUUUUUUCUCUUUUCAUUCAUUUCAUAUUUUCUUUUUCUCUUCUUUUCUUCUUUCUCAUUUUUUCAUUUUUCAUAUUUUUUUUUCUCUUUUCAUUCAUUUCAUUUUUCUCUUUCUUCGUUCUUUUUUUUUCUAAGUUUUUUUACAGUUUUUCAGUUUACACUUCUUUUUUCUCUCUUCAUUCAUUUCAUAUUUUCUCUUUACACAUCUUUUUUUCCUAUUAUUCAUUUCAUAUUUUCUCUUUACUUUUUUUCUUCUUUCAUUUUUUCAUUUUCAUAUUUUCUUUCUUUCAUUCAUUUCGUUCUUUUCUUCUUUCUAAGUUCUUCUUUCUCAGUUUUUUUCAGUUUACACUUCUUUUUUCUCUUUCUUCAUUUCAUUUUCAUUUUACAUAUUUUUCUCUUUUCUUUCACAUUUUUCAUUUUUCCUUUAACUUCGUUCUUUUUUUCUUUCUUUCUUUCAUUUUUCAUUUUUUCUUCUUUUUCUCUUUUUCAUUUCUUUUCAUUUUUUCUCUUUACACAUCGUUUUUUCUUCUUUCUCAGUUUUUUCAGUUUUUUUCACUUCUUUUCUUUUUCAUUCAUUUCAUAUUUUCUCUUUACACUUUCGUUUCUUUUCUUCUUUCUAAGUUCUUUUCAGUUUUUCCUAUUACACUUCUUUUUCUCUCUUUCAUUCAUUUCAUAUUUUCUCUUUACACUUCGUUCUUUUCUUCUUUCUAAGUUUUUUCAGUUUUUCAGUUUACACUUCUUUUUUCACUCUUUCAUUCAUUUCAUAUUUUCUCUUUACACUUCUUUACACUUUUUUUCUCUUUCAUUCAUUUCAUAUUUUUCUUUUACACUUCGUUCUUUUCUUCUUUCUAAGUUUUUUCAGUUUUCCUAUUUACACUUCUUUUUUCUCUUUCAUUCAUUUUCAUAUUUUCUCUUUACAUCAUUCUUUUCUUUUUCUUUUUUUUUCAGUUUUUUUCUCAUUUUUUUCAUUUCCUUUUACACUUUUUUUUCUUUUUCAUUCAUUUCAUUUCUCUUUUACAUCAUCGUUCUUUUCUUCUUUCUUAGUUUUUUCAGUUUUCAGUUUACACUUCUUUUUUCUCUCUUUCAUUCAUUUCAUAUUUUCUCUUUACACAUCGUUCUUUUCUUCUUUCUAAGUUCUUUCAGUUUUUCAGUUUUACACUUCUUUUUCUCUCUUUCAUUCAUUUCAUAUUUUUCUUUUACACUUCGUUCUUUUCUUCUUUCUCAGAUUUUUCAGUUUUUCAGUUUACACUUCUUUUUUCUCUCUUUCAUUCAUUUCAUAUUUUCUCUUUACUCAUCGUUCUUUUCUUCUUUCUCAGUUUUUUUCAGUUUUUCAGUUUACACUUCUUUUUUCUCUCUUUCAUUCAUUUCAUAUUUUCUCUUUACACUUCGUUCUUUUCUUCUUUCUAAGUUCUUUCAGUUUUUCCUAUUACACUUCUUUUUUCUCUCUUUCAUUCAUUUCAUAUUUUCUCUUUACACUUCGUUCUUUUCUUCUUUCUCAGAUUUUUCAGUUUUUCAGUUGACACUUCUUUUUUCUCUCUUUCAUUCAUUUCAUAUUUUCUCUUUACACUUCGUUCUUUUCUUCUUUCUAAGUUCUUUUCAGUUUUUCAGUUUACACUUUUUUUUCUCUCUUUCAUUCAUUUCAUAUUUUCUCUUUACACAUCGUUCUUUUCUUCUUUCUCAGUUUUUUCAGUUUUCAGUUUACACUUCUUUUUUUCUCUUUCAUUCAUUUCAUAUUUUCUCUUUACACUUCGUUCUUUUCUUCUUUCUAAGUUCUUUCAGUUUUUCCUAUUACACUUCUUUUUUCUCUCUUUCAUUCAUUUCAUAUUUUCUCUUUACACUUCUUGACACUUCUUUUUUCUCUCUUUCAUUCAUUUCAUAUUUUCUCUUUACACUUCGUUCUUUUCUUCUUUCUCAGUUUUUUCAGUUUUUCCUAUUACACUUCUUUUUUCUCUCUUUCAUUCAUUUCAUAUUUUCUCUUUACACAUCGUUCUUUUCUUCUUUCUCAGUUUUUUCAGUUUUUCCUAUAACACUUCUUUUUUCUCUCUUUCAUUCAUUUCAUAUUUUCUCUUUACAUUUCGUUCUUUUCUUCUUUCUCAGUUUUUUCAGUUUUUCCUCUUACACUUCUUUUUUCUGUCUUUCAUUCAUUUCAUAUUUUCUCUUUACACUUCUUUACACUUCUUUUUUCACUCUUUCAUUCAUUUCAUAUUUUCUCUUUACACUUCGUUCUUUUCUUCUUUCUAAGUUUUUUCAGUUUUUCAGUUUACACUUCUUUUUUCUCUCUUUCAUUCAUUUCAUAUUUUCUCUUUACACAUCGUUCUUUCCUUCUUUCUCAGUUUUUUUCAGUUUUUCCUAUUACACUUCUUUUUUCUCUCUUUCAUUCAUUUCAUAUUUUCUCUUUACACAUCGUUCUUUUCUUCUUUCUCAGUUUUUUUCAGUUUUUACACUUUUUUUUCUCUCUUUCAUUCAUUUCAUAUUUUCUCUUUACACAUCGUUCUUUUCUUCUUUCUUAGUUUUUUCAGUUUUUCAGUUUACACUUCUUUUUUCUCUCUUUCAUCCAUUUCAUAUUUUCUCUUUACACAUCGUUCUUUUCUUCUUUCCCAAUUGUUCUAUUAGUUUUAAAGUUUACACUUCUUUCUAUUUUCUUUCUUUCCUUCAUUUCCUAUUUCUUACACUUCUUUCUUUUUCUUUCUCGGCUUCUCUUUCAGAUUUUUAUCUUACACUUCUUUCCUUUUUUCAUUCUUUUAUUCAUUUCUUAUCUUUACAGUUUAUACUUCUUUCUUUUUCUUUCUUUCAUUCGUUUCUUGUUUUCUCUUUAAACUUCUUUCAUAUUUUUCUCAAUUGUUUUUUUUUUAUUUUUUAUUUUGCUCCUUCUUUCUUUCAUUCAAUUCUUAUUUUCACUUCAUACGACUUUCUUUCUUUCCUCAUUUCAUUCAUUAAUUUGUGUUUUUCAUUUUAUAAUUCUUUCUUUUCUUUCUUUCGCUCUUUCUUUUCUUUCUUUCUUUCUUUCGUUCUUUCUUUCUUUCUUUCUUGCUUACUUUUAUUAUUUCUUUCUUUUCACCUUUUGAUGUAUUUCCUAAAACUUAAACUUUUCUUGCUAUCUCCUUCUUUCUUUCCUUUAUUUUCUUUCUUUUUUUUUAUUUAA